GAAAAAUGAUUAGGUAACACUAAACGUGACCGGCAAACAGUAAAUAAAAAAGCUAAUCCUUUUUCUAUUAUCCAGAAGAUACAACGGCUGCAGAUCCCUUACUGGGUGUGUUCUAGAGUUUGACUGUGUUCCACAUUAAUCGGUCUUAUAUAUUCUCACGUGUUGUUAUCGAGUGAAAAUGGCGCUUUUCGGUGCAACAGCAACACUGUUACGAGGCUGCUGCCGCCAGCAACGACCGCUCGCCAUCUUGGCAAAAAAAUCGAAUUUUCUACAAACCGGAAUCGAAGUCGGGCAGCUUCAUUUUGAAUUUCAGUCUCAAAUAGGAUUUCUUGGUGUUCGUUUCGCAAGUAACAGCAGUAAAAGCAAUAAAGGCAAAAUGGGUCUUCCCCGUGUAUUUUUCGAUAUGACUGCUGACGGACAGCCGCUUGGACGCAUCGUCAUGGAGCUUCGCACAGAUGUUGUGCCCAAAACUGCUGAAAAUUUUCGCGCUCUAUGUACGGGUGAAAAAGGCUUCGGUUAUAAAGGUUCAUGCUUUCAUCGCGUCAUACCGAAUUUCAUGUGCCAAGGCGGUGACUUUACCCAACACAAUGGCACUGGCGGCAAAUCCAUCUUUGGCAAUAAGUUCGAUGAUGAGAAUUUCACCUUAAAACAUACCGGACCCGGUAUUCUAUCUAUGGCAAAUGCUGGACCAAAUACAAAUGGAUCACAGUUUUUUGUGUGUACCGUAAAGACUACAUGGUUGGACAAUCGUCAUGUCGUUUUUGGACAAGUAGUGGAGGGAUUGGAUGUUGUCAAACGUAUUGAAGCACUUGGCAGUCAAUCGGGCAAAACAUCUAAGAAAAUUCUUAUCGAAGAUUCAGGACAAUUGGAAUAAAAACAAUUUAAAUUUAGAAUAAUUGAAUAUGAGUUCUGUAAUCUUCUAAUAUAUAUUGACGCAUGUGCUAUAUUAAAUUAAAUUGCUUAUUUUAUUUGUAUGAAUGUUUCUAAUGAAAAAAUGAGUGGUGUGUGUAAUUUAACGGUACUAUGUGUAUGCAAAUUUGUCAUUUACCUUUAUGUAUUUAAGUUUAUGUGCAUAAUAAUAUUAUAUUUGUUUUGAGUGAUUUUGUUGCCUGACUUUAUGUGCGUGGAAUAUCAAAUGGAAAUCUCUCAAGUCUGCUGUGUGUUGUGUCGUCUAAUAUGUAAAUAAACAAAAAUUAAAAUAAAGAACGAAAAUGCUAAUCAUUAUCAAAAAAAAAUUAUAAUAUGUUACAGCUCCGCCCCGAUGUUGUGCCCAAAACUGCUGAGAAUUUCCGUGCCUUGUGCACCGGCGAAAAAGGCUUCG